CUUUAGUUGCGAAUUUUCACGUAAUCGCGAAAAACUUUUGUCGUGUAUACGUUUUAGUGCUUUCUUAGAAAAACUAAAAUAGUAGCCCACUUUAAAGUUUUAUUUAGGUCACCAAUGCGGUUUGAAGCGUGACCUUCAGCUUCACUAUGAGCCAAUGGUUGCUCAUCCUCACUAUUAUAUUCAUCAAUGUCAAAGAUAUAUCAGGCAGCUGGGAGGAAUGGUGGACCUAUGAUGGCAUAUCAGGUCCUGGUUUCUGGGGACUUAUCAAUCCCCAAUGGAGUAUGUGCAACAAGGGAAGACGACAGAGCCCAAUUAAUAUAGAACCAGACAAGUUGUUGUUUGAUCCCUGGCUUCGAGACGUGCAGUUUGACAAGCAUAAGGUCAGUGGCAUGCUCCAAAACACGGGACAGUCUCUGGUAUUUCGCGUAGAGAAGGACUCAAAACACCAAGUAAACAUCAGUGGAGGUCCGCUGUCAUAUCGAUACCAGUUCGAGGAAAUCUACUUCCACUAUGGCUUGGAGGACAAUAGAGGGUCCGAACAUCAGAUAGACCAUCAUACAUUUCCAGGAGAGAUUCAACUAUAUGGUUUCAAUAAGGAACUAUACCAUAACAUGUCCGAAGCACAACAUAAAUCGCAAGGAGUUGUUGGAAUUUCUCUAAUGGUUCAGAUUGGAGAACCGACUAACAAGGAACUAAGAAUAAUAACAAGCGCCUUCAAUAAAGUAAUGUUCAGAGGUAGUUCAUACCCAAUCAGGAACCUGCCACUUAGCACUCUAUUGCCCAACACUCAGCAGUACCUCACAUAUGAGGGGUCAACCACUCACCCCGGAUGCUGGGAAACCGCUGUGUGGAUUAUAUUUAAUAAACCUAUUUAUAUAUCAAAGCAGGAGAUGUACGCAAUUCGUCGUCUGAUGCAAGGAUCGCAGCUAACACCCAAGGCGCCACUCGGCAACAAUGCCCGCCCAGUGCAGCCAUUACACCAUCGUACUGUCAGAACUAAUAUUAACUUCAACAAACAGGGUCUUCCGGCAUCAAAUAACUGCCCGGAUAUGUACCGCAAUAUGCAUUAUACAGCACGUUAUUCCCGCAAGGCACGAACCAAAAAGAGUGUUGCAUGCAAAAGAAAGAUGUUUUCAAAGAAAACAUGUCACAAAAAAUAGCUACUCAAUGGCCUCGCGAGCACAGCAUGCGAUACCGCAGCACAGAAGAUUUAGCAAUGCUGUCAAUGAUUAAUUAGAAUUACAUAAUCAUAAAAUAUUGUAUCAACAAUAGUGACUCAAACAAUAAAUUAUUUUAAUUUUGCAUUUAACCUACCUUGUAUUAUUCGAACCAAAUGUAGUGAUUAUAAAAUUAGUGUUUAAAUGUUAAUCGUAUAAAUGUUUAAGCACAAAUUAUUUAAUUCAUAUAAAUUAAAUCAGCAGGACAAUGAUUUAAAGUACUGUCUGUAUAUUGGUUUAUCGUGAGUUUUAAUAUUUGUUUGUCUGCGUCAAAUGUAAAGAACACUCAGUGGUCAGCCAAACAUAUCAUCUUUAGGUGCAUUGUACACUAAAUAAAGUUUUAUUUUACUAAACUUGACAACAUCAGCAGUCCAUAAUAAUAUAAUAUAUUACAAUCAAAUAUACUAUAUAUAAUAUGUACUAACAAUUUUCUUCAUAGUAAUACUAAAAAUUAUUAAAACGAAAAUUAAAACAAAAAUUUAAAAAGUUUUGCAUUGACCUUUGACGCUGGCACUGUACAUAUUCUUCAUACAAAGUUUUGAGCCGGGCAUAUUUUGCGAUAGUGUUUUGUUACGGUAGACCCUGGCCCUUACUAAAGAGAAUUACUGUUACCAUGAAAACCAUUGAAAUAUGGAAAUAUCAACAAACACGUUAAUAUUUAAUCAUGCUUUAAUCAAAGUACACUGAUUUACUUUCUAUAAUAUCUUUUAAGUCUAAUGUAUAUUGAUGUAAAUAUUUAUGGAAAUGACGUCAUAAUUCGUCCAUAUUAUAAUUAAAGCUUUAAAAGUUCUUAAAACUGUACCAAAUUUCUUCGUCGUUAUAUCUAAUAGUCCAUAGCGACAGUAAUGCUAUCCGGUAAAUAUAGUACCAUUUGGAAAUUAGAAGUCUGUAAUCUGUCAAUUUUAAUAUUUAGUAAAAUAAAGCUUUCAACGUUUCGUAUAAAAAGUUAACUUCCUAACUUCUGAAUGGUCUACUUGCCAACAAUAUGUUGUACAGUAUGUAACAGUUAUUGUAGUGAUCAAUUUUCUGUGUAUGCGUCUUGUAAAUUAAACUGGCUAAAACCUAA